UUUGCGCAUUUCAUCUCUUGCAAUCGAGCCUCUUCAACCCACCAGGAUGGUCAUUAAAGGUCCAAAGAUCUGGUCUCCAUGAUUGGCAAUUGAACAUUCCCUUUUUCUUAAACCUACAUAAAUCUCGAGUUAACCAAGAUAAGCGACGCAUUUAAGCCCCCAGCCCUGCAAGUGAAGACUGCCUGGCGGAUCAGGCCGAUCGACAUGGCCGGCGCUGGCCCAAGCACAACAUUUCACAACAGUGGACCGAUUCAGAACCAGGCCGGCCGGGAUUUGUACUCAUACCCUACCAUUGUCGCGCCCCUUGCCCCGGCACUGGAGCUUCCUCAUAACCUCUCAUUAGAAGAGCUUCGGCAACAUGCCAAAGCAUCCGAGGAAUCGGAUAUCCGCAGAGUCGCAGCUGCCCGGCUGAAGGACAAGCUUGCCUGCAUCAAGGAGGCCGAUAACUGGCUGAAUCAACAGUGCUACGUUAGGGAAAACCUGGAGAUAGAGCGCCUUUCUGGGGAGCGACUUCCUCUUGAGCAAUGUUACAUCAAUCUCAUAAUUAUCCCACAUGCCAGGAAGCAAAAUAAUCCUUCCAGGCUCUCCAAUCUCACACCCAACAAUCGCGUCGCCAACCUCUCUCUGUUCCGACGCUUGAAUGUUCAAGGCCCUGACGGCGGUGUCAAAGUCAAAUUCCACGACAUUUUUAACACCGCGCGGACUCACGGCGCGGCGUCCAAACACUCCAAAAGGAUCCUCAUUCGUGGUCAAGCUGGUGUAGGAAAGACGACAUUCUGCAAGAAAGCUGUCCACGAUUUUGUGCAAAACCAAGUCUGGAAACAACACUUUGAUCGCAUCCUUUGGGUCCGACUUCGCAACUUGCUAUCACGCAAUGGAAGAUACAACCUCAAGGAACUCUUUUGCGAUGAAUUCUUCUCGCAGCAUCCAAAAUGCAGCGACCUUGCCGGAGCAUUGCGAGAUGCUUGUACUGACCCAGGCGGCGGUAAAACACUAUUCCUGCUCGAUGGUCUGGAUGAGAUCUGGCAUUUAUUACAACCCGGUGACGACCUAGCACGAUUUGUCAUAUGCCUCCUCAACCAACCCAAUGUUCUGGCACUAUCGCGCCCUUCGGUUCUUAUUCGCUCCAGCAUACAACCAUUUGACCUGGAACUUGAAAUGAUCGGUUUUGGGACAGAUCAGGUGUACGAAUACGUCAAGCACAUGGAACCCGAAAAACACAAAGAGAUUCAGUUAUUCCUCUCAUCUCGUCCACUCAUCGAAGACCUCGUCCGUAUCCCUAUUCAACUCGAUGCCCUUUGCUAUGGUUGGGAUCAAGUUCAUAACAGGGGACCCGAAACCAUGACGGAUCUUUAUCAGUCUAUCGAAAAAGGUCUAUGGAGGAAGGAUAUCGUGCGCUUGGGAAAGUCAAAGAGCGGAUCAGCUGUAACCGAGGACGACAAGGUCUUUGAUACAGAGGUUGAAGAGCUGAUCGAAAACGAAACACGAUUAAUUGAACAACUUGCAUUCACUGGAUUAUGCAACAACAUAGUCGAGUUCCAAGAAAAACAUCUCAACAUCAUUUGCCGAUACAUCAAAACCCAUUCCUCCUUCGUCGACAAGACUUUACCGAAGCUUUCCUUUCUACGGACAUCAGACUCAUCGGUCGGAAAGCCGAGUCGUACCUAUCACUUCCUACAUCUAACUCUACAAGAAUACUUCGCCGCCCGAUAUUUUGUGCGGAUUUGGCUGCAAAACAACAAGGAGGAUCUUGUCUGCAUCAACUUCGAUCAGAAUGCGAAAUUACAUGGAACCGUCUCAUCUCACACAGCCAUGAAACCAAAGGACUUUUUUGCUCAAAACAAAUACUCAUGGCGCUACAACAUCAUGUGGCGUUUUACUACGGGACUAUUACAUUCAGGGAGGAGCGGCUCCGAUGAACUGGCGUUGUACUUUCUCCAGACCAUCGACACUAAGCCACUCGAUCUAAUAGGCGUAGCUCAUCAGAGACUGAUAAUGCACUGCCUCGCGGAGCUACAUCCUUCGCUAUCAUUGGAAAGACUCAAAAAUCACAGAAGCCGACUUGAGGCUCAUUUGGUGAGAUGGGUCACUUUCCAAGCUCAAAGCAGGAAGCUCAAAGAGGGCACACUAGCCGAUGAACCCGAGUUCCCCAACAAGACGCAUUUGAUGAUGUUACAAAACGAGGAUCCUGUUACCUUCCGAGCCGCAUUGAUAGCUUACAAGAAGAGGAUGCGCUCGGGGUCUCGCGUUCCGCCCGAAUUUGUGCAUGUCCUGACAUGUUGGCUUGGGAAAGCUGGUUUCCAGAAGACACAAAAGUACGGCGGCACUACACUUGAAACAGACGUCUCCAUGGUGGUCAAAUCCCUCGGUCCCCCAGAGUAUUGGACAGAGGCUGUAAAAGAUGCGAUGGUUCUGAGUCUUGAGAACCAAAACCCGUGGGUCGCAUCUGGUGUUCUCUCUGCUCUGAACGACUAUCCAGAAAUAAUAGCGACUCAUAUCGAAGCCAUCUCUACUAUCCUGGACUCUGAUGAUGCGAGUUUAAGAUGGCGGACAAUAGUAAGGUUGAGUGGACAGAAAAACCUUCCUCAAUUGACUCUUGAUCGCAUGGCAAAGUUUCUUUGCAGACAAGAAGAAACACGUCUCGCAAGAGAAAGAGUUCUUGACAUCCUGUCAGCGGAGGAUUACUGGGCCAAAUACCUGACUUUGAAAACCACAGAGCUGGAAGGUGAUGAAAAACACGGGAUCACCUCAGCGGGUCUUGUGCAGACUGGCCUGGAACUUAUCGAAUACGGAGACCCAGAGACUGCGGCUAUUGCAACUUUGGCACUUGGUUGUCGAGACUCGCAUCUACCGAGAAAGGCUAUUAACAGAAUCCUACAAAACCUUUUACGAAAUGAAGUAGUAAUUAGACUGGCUUCUUUGGAUGCACUAGCUCGUCAGACGAAUCUUGAGAAUGAAGAUCUGAGGGCAGUUUCUGAUCGCUUGAUUAACCCGAACCGCGCAGUUCAGCUUGCCGCUGUCAAAGUGCUUGAGGGACGAAAUGAGCUAUCCUGCAUGGAUGAUACGCUAUGCUCCCUUGUCAAGUUUCUAAGGGUCGGACCUUUGGACAUUGAAUCGGAAAUACGACUGAUAGUGGAGAGAAUAUUGCGAUCUCAGGAGAGACUCCCUGUAAGAGUUAUGGAACUCAUGCAAUGCUGUUUUAACGAUGAGAUUACGAGCAAAGUGGUGGGCGAAAAGCCACUUUUUAUCCCUGGAGGGUUCUCGGACGUUAUGCCGCCUUUUCCAGAAGAAGCACUCGAAAAAGUCACUUGGUAUCUUCGAUCUGAGCAUUGGAAAAUCCGGCGAGGUGCGCUAUUGUUGUUCGACGGCCAACCGAAGCUUUCUGAGACAGUGUUGAGCGCAAUUAUUCGCUGCCUCGUGGACGAUCACGAGCCCAUACGUCGACAAGUGAUGAAAACCUUGGAGAGCCACCGAUCUGAUUUAAAUGAACGACUAUACUCAGCUAUAGAAAGACAUCUGGACAACGACGAUGGAACGAAAAGAGACUUGGUGUUCCAUACCGUUUACAGAACAGCUAGUUGUGCAGACGCUGUGCUGCAAACCAUUGACAAAGCUCUACAUGAUAAAGAUAAUCUCAUACGACUCAAUGCCCUUACAUAUUGGAUCCAGCACCCAGAAAUUUCCGGCAGACUUCAUGAGGCUGUGGCGGCUUGUUGUGAGGCCCUAACAGACAAACACCCCAAAGGAAGACAUAACAUGAUUAAGAUGCUGUCUCGAGAGACCAAGAGAUUCUUCCCUGACAGAAGGAUUCUUUAUGCUCUUGCGGAAUUUCUUAACGAUGAAGAUGUGAAUAUCCGGCGAGAUACAAUCAGCUAUCUAUCACGGCAUCCAAACGUACCUCCCGAAAUAGCGGCCCGGAUAGCAUCCAAGAUAUCAGCGUUCCCGGAUGACAUUUUCCAGUACACAUCAUCAAUGACCAUUUUGCUUCAACAAAGCGACGCUUAUGGAGCGACGUUGGCUAGGGCGAAAGUGGAUGAACAGCUCAAGUUUCUUCUUGAGAGGUCCGAUACGAUGCAUAUUGCGUGGUAUACGAGAAAUGGGCAGAGUAUGAUUGAGACGGGUAGUGGUGUGAUAUAUAAAGAGUUGGAGAAUCCGAGGGCUUUUGCAAAUGCGGUUGACAAGGCGAGGAAGAAGGCGGAGAUGCCUGAUGUUGUGGCGAGAGUCCCCUGGCAGUGGAUGGGGUUUGAGUGGUGACUAUGAUCCAGGGGAGAGGAUCCCCAAAACAAACUGAUCAAAGAGUCCCCUAAGCUUAGGCUAACUUACCCAAACACUUUUGUCGCUUAGGAUCGAGGUCCUAAGAUUUCUGGCCUCCCGUAGAGGAUCUCCACAAGGGUUUCAUGGUUCAUUCUGAGAUUAGCGAGGCGUUUUGGUGAUAUUAGAGGCUUGAUAUUCGGAACACGCCCGAUGGAUUACCCAGGCAUUAGAUGGAAUAUGGAUACUAUAUACAUUUCAUUUUUAUGUUAUUUACUCAACGCGUGUGCUUCAUAUUAAAACAAAUUUCUCUUCAAAUUUAUCCCGCAUUAUAUAUCAUUUUCUUUUACUACAG